AUGGGUAAAUUGAAUUCCAAAAUAUCUAUUAUAAUAGGAAAAAUAAAAAAAAAUAAAAAAAAAAAUAAAAAUUUUAAAGAGAGUCUGAGUGUGGGAAAUUUAAAUGUAAUACAAAAAAAAUUUUAUUAA